CUCGACAUUUCGUUGGCUCAAUGGACCGAAUUGAUUUCGCCGAAUGGCACAACGCCGUAUGGCAGAUUCGGCGAACUCCGCCACAGCCAUGCGGGGUGAUGAUCUUUUCUAUACAAAGUAUCCCAGUCCCUGGUCGAAUGGACAAGAUUCCUCCAAGCUUUGCAUAUUAUUUUUAGAUUCCGCGCGGAGACUGGAAUUCUGGUGCCUUGGAUGAUCGACGGGGUUUGGAUAUAAAUUCCUUGGAUAUACAUUCCACACUCCAAGGGCACUCAUCUCUAUAACUUGAACACUUGUUGGAUUUGUUGCAUUUAAGGAUCUUACUACAAUGCGUUCAUUCUUCUUCCUAUCUGCAUUAACCCUGGCUGCAUCGGUUUCAGCCCAGGAUAUCGAUUCCAACGACGUCCCAUCUCAAUGCACAGAUGCCUGCGCCUCUGUUGUCAGUCUGACUGCCAGCUGCGACAAGUCCACCCACGACGAUGACUCGGCUGAGAGGAAGUGCGUCUGCGAUGAUCCUGAUGCGUCGCAGAGCGUUCCCAACUGCGCCGCCUGCCUCGACAAGUACAGCAAAGACGGCAAAGACAAUGAUGCAAAUGAUAUUGUCCGCAAGUGCUCGUUUGCCUCCACCACAUAUAACCCUACCAUGGCCUCUUCCACCAGCAGCCCUACCUCUUCUACCAGUGCGGCUGCCGAGUCGUCGACACCACCUUCGGCAGGCCAUUCAAUUGGGCUGGCACCGGGGCUUUUGGGAAUGGGAAUAGGCAUUGGCCUUUUGGGCUCGGUUGGGCUUUAAGUCUUGAGAAGCCGGUGGACAUUAGAACCCAUUAACAAUGCAAAUACAUUAUGACUGUGUCAGUGAUGUAGCCUAGAGUUGCUUUAAAUUAAUCUUGGCUCACUCUGGUUACCAAGUCCCG